UUCCGGACGAACAUUUACAAAGUGACGGUAAAAUUUUAUACUGUUCUGCUUGUGAAAAAUCCAUAGCGACUGAACAGCGGUUUCAGGUAGUACAACAUUUAAAAACUAAUAAGCACAAUGUAAAUAAAAAUAAAAAAACAAAAUUUAAACAAAAUUUUUUUCAUCUACAUCUUUCGCAAUUUCUAAUACAUUCAAUAGCGAUUUAUGUCAAGCUUUUAUUAAGGCUGAUAUUCCGCUAGCAAAACUUCAAAAUUCUUAUUUAAAAUCAUUCUUGGAAAAAUAUACAGCACACUUAGUUCCUGAUGAAAGCACAUUAAGAAAAAAUUAUAUUCAACCAAUCUACAAUGAAACUCUUACGUCUAUUAGAAAUUCAAUCGGCGAUGGACCCAUAUGGGUAUCGAUUGAUGAAACAAUCGAUGUAGAUGGUAGAUUUAUUGCAAAUAUCAUUAUUGGCAAAUUAGAUGACAAUAAAUCUAAACCUUUUUUGUUAAAUUGUGAACAAUUAGAUAAAUGUAACCACCAAACUAUUGCACAAUUUUUUAAUAAUUCUAUGAAUAUACUAUGGCCUGAUGUAGUUUUGCAUGAUAAUGUAUUAUUAUUUGUAUCUGAUGCCGCGCCUUACAUGGUAAAAGCCGGUAAAGCAUUAAAUGCUUUUUUCCCCAAAAUGAUCCACAUAACGUGUUUAGCACACGCAUUUCACCGUAUAGCAGAAACCAUCCGAUCAAAAUUUAUAAAAGUAGACGAAUUAAUAUCUACAGUUAAAAAGAUAUUUUUAAAAGCGCCUAGCCGUAUCGAAACAUUUAAAAAUAUGUACCCGGAUUUAAGCCUCCCUCCACAACCAAUUGUAACUAGAUGGGGGACUUGGUUAAAUGCAGCUAAUUAUUAUUGCCAAAACUUUAAAGAAAUCAAAAAUAUUGUUGACAAACUCGAUCCGACUACUUCAAUGUUUAUAGAAAAAGCUGAAAUUCUUUUAAAAAAUAAUGAUUUGAAAAAUGAAUUAGUGUACAUUUCUGUUAAUUAUUUUUUUUUGGUGGAUGUCAUUACAAAAUUAGAAACUCGUGACUUAACUUUAGUUGACAGUUUGAAUAUUGUAGAGGAAACAGUAAAAAAACUUGAAAAAGUACAAGGAAAAAUUGGCGAAAUUAUAAAUACCAAAAUAAAAAAUAUUCUACAAAAAAAUUCUGGUUUUGCACAAAUUAAAGCUAUCAAAAAUAUUCUUACUGGUUGUUCUUCUGAAGUUUCAUUGGAUGUAGAACUUACUCCUUCAGACAUAGCCAAAAUGCAAUACUGCCCAAUAACAUCAGUGGAAGUCGAAAGAUCAUUUAGUCGGUAUAAGGCAAUUUUACGACCAAAUCGAAGAUCUUUUGAAUUCGAAAAUUUAAAAAUGCAUGUAAUUAUAAAUUGUAAUUGUGAUUAAUAAUUGUAUACCUUUUUUUAAUAAUUCUGCUAUUUAAAUAUAAUUUGUUUCAUUAGAAACUCAUAUUGAUGUAUUAUAUAAUUAAAUAUUAAUAAAAAAAUCAUAUAAGUAAAAUACAUAUUUUUAGUUUUUUAGCACAUAUUUAUGUACAUAUUUUGGUAACAUUAAUACAUAUUUUGGUUUCAUAAAUACAUAUAAAUCCGAGCC